CAUUUAGCAUUCCUUCUUGAACUUUCCUUUUCUGCCAUUCUCAACUCUAGAACUGCUUUCCAAUAAAUGUUUCCAAGCCUGCCAGGUCUACCUCAACUCUGUUCCCCAAAAGCACAUUGUGGAAGCAAAGAAUUUUAUUUGACUUUUUGGGGGCCUUUUGUGUCUUCCGUUGUAAGUGCUUUUGGGUGGUAGAGUGUGGUUGUUCUUCUGUGAAAAGGUCAAUCCUUCUAUUUUAUUUUCUCUGUAUCUGUGAAUAGAAAUCUUGGAGGGGUACAUUGAGAAGGGGCAACUUUGGAGACGAACGAAUAAGGGAUUUCAAGCUUGGACGCUGCGUAGUAUCAGUUAUGAUCGCUGAGAAGAUGAACCUGAUGUUUGUGUGUUAGGUACAGGGUCAUUUAAAAUGUAGCUAAUCCAAACAAAGUAUUUCCCAAAAAAAGUCACUUGGAGGAAGUAAAAAUAGCAAAUUUGGAGCACACCAAGUAUUUAAAAUGACAUCACUGUAGAAAAAAAAAAAGAAAGCCCAGUGCCACAAAUAUUUUUUCCCAAACCAUCUGAUAUUUAUAAAUGGAGAAUUUCCCCGAAAUUUCUGUGUUAGUGGCACAUGGAGAAACUUCUCAAAGGACGCUGAGUGGAGAUGAAGAAGCUGAGGCUCAAAGAUUUGAGACAACUUGGAGGCCAGUUUUACAGUUAAGACUUCAACAAAGAAGGACCCAGGAACAACUGGCUAACCAAGGCAUAAUACCACCACUGAAACGUCCAACGGAAUUCCAUGAACAAAGAAAAAAUUUGGAUAGUGACAAGGCUAAACAUUCCCUGAAGCGGAAAGCCAGAAACAGGUGCAACAGUGCUGACUUGGUUAAUAUGCACAUACUCCAAGCUUCCACUGCAGAGAGGUCCAUUCCAACUGCUCAGAUGAAGCUGAAAAGAGCCCGACUCGCCGAUGAUCUCAACGAAAAAAUUGCUCUACGACCAGGGCCGCUGGAACUGGUGGAAAAAAACAUUCUUCCUGUGGAUUCUGCUGUGAAAGAGGCCAUAAAAGGUAACCAGGUGAGUUUCUCCAAAUCCGCGGAUGCUUUUGCCUUUGAAGAGGACAGCAGCAGCGAUGGCCUGUCUCCGGAUCAGACUCGAAGUGAAGACCCCCAAAACUCAGCGGGAUCCCCGCCAGAUGCUAAAACCUCAGAGACCACUUCGACAGGUUCUCUGGGGACGAUCCAGGAUCUCGCUUCUGGCUCAGAAAAUGACAGGAAUGACUCGGCCUCACAGUCCAGCCACCAGUCAGAGGCGGGGAAGCAGGGCCUUGGCGCCCCCAGCACCCCUCUAGCCAUGCACACUGCUGUAAAGUCCAAGUCCUUGGGUGACAGUAAGAACCGCCACAAAAAGCCCAAGGACCCCAAGCCAAAGGUGAAGAAGCUUAAAUAUCACCAGUACAUUCCCCCAGACCAGAAGGCAGAGAAGUCCCCUCCACCUAUGGACUCUGCCUAUGCUCGGUUGCUCCAGCAACAGCAGCUGUUCCUGCAGCUCCAGAUCCUCAGCCAGCAGCAGCAGCAGCAACAGCAACACCGAUUCAGCUACCCAGGGAUACAUCAAGCUCAGCUCAAAGAACCAAAUGAACAGAUGGUCAGAAAUCCAAACUCUUCUUCAACACCACUGAGCAAUACCCCCUUGUCCCCUGUCAAGAACAGUUUUUCUGGACAAACUGGUGUCUCUUCUUUCAAACCGGGCCCACUCCCACCUAACCUGGAUGAUCUGAAGGUCUCUGAAUUAAGACAACAGCUUCGAAUUCGGGGCUUGCCUGUGUCAGGCACCAAAACGGCCCUCAUGGACCGGCUUCGACCCUUCCAGGACUGUUCUGGCAACCCUGUGCCAAACUUUGGGGAUAUCACGACUGUCACUUUUCCUGUCACACCCAACACGCUGCCCAAUUACCAGUCUUCCUCCACCAGUGCCUUAUCCAAUGGCUUCUACCACUUUGGCAGCACCAGCUCCAGCCCCCCGAUCUCCCCAGCCUCCUCUGACCUAUCGGUCGCCGGGUCCCUGCCAGACACCUUCAAUGAUGCCUCCCCCUCUUUUGGCCUGCACCCUUCCCCAGUCCACGCGUGCACUGAGGAAAGUCUCAUGAGCAGCCUGAACGGGGGCUCUGUUCCUUCCGAGCUGGAUGGGCUGGACUCAGAGAAGGACAAGAUGCUGGUGGAGAAGCAGAAAGUAAUCAAUGAGCUCACCUGGAAACUCCAGCAAGAGCAGAGGCAGGUGGAGGAGCUGAGGAUGCAGCUUCAGAAACAGAAAAGGAAUAAUUGUGCAGAGAAGAAGCCGUUGCCUUUCUUGGCUGCCUCCAUCAAGCAGGAAGAGGCCAUCUCCAGCUGUCCUUUUGCAUCCCAAGUACCUGGGAAAAGACAAAGCAGCAGCUCAGAGUGUCACCCGCCAGCUUGUGAAGCUGUUCAACUCCAGUCCCUUGGAAAUGCUCAUUGUGUGGAGUCCUCAGGUCAAACCAACGUACUGUCUUCCACAUUUCUCAGCCCGCAAUGCUCCCCUCAGCAUUCGCCGCUUGGGGCUGUGAAAAGCCCACAGCACAUCAGUUUGCCCCCAUCACCCAACAACCCUCACUUUCUUCCCUCAUCUUCUGGGGCCCAGGGAGAAGGGCACAGGGUAUCCUCGCCCAUCAGCAGCCAGGUGUGCACUGCACAGAACUCAGGAGCACACGAUGGCCAUCCUCCAGGCUUUUCUCCCCAUUCUUCCAGCCUCCACCCACCCUUCUCUGGAGCCCAAGCAGACAGCAGUCAUGGUGCUGGAAGCAACACUUGUCCCAAAAGCCCAUGUGUACAGCCAAAGAUGGCUGGUUUACACUCUUCUGAUAAAUUUUCAAUUCCAUCCCCGACUUUUUCUAAGUCAAGUUCAGCAAUUUCAGAGGUAACACAGCCUCCAUCCUAUGAGGAUGCCGUAAAGCAGCAAAUGACGCGGAGUCAGCAGAUGGAUGAACUCCUGGAUGUCCUUAUUGAAAGCGGAGAAAUGCCAGCAGAUGCUAGAGAGGAUCAUUCAUGUCUUCAAAAAGUCCCAAAGAUACCCAGAUCUUCCCGAAGCCCAAGUGCUGUCCUUCCCAAGCCCUCGGCUUCCUUUGAACAAACCUCUUCAGGCAGCCAGAUCCCCUAUGAUCCCUAUGCCACCGACAGUGAUGAGCAUCUUGAAGUCUUAUUAAAUUCCCAGAGUCCCCUAGGAAAGGUGAGUGAUGUUACCCUUCUAAAAAUUGGUAGUGAAGAGCCUCGUUUUGACGGGAUAAUGGAUGGAUUCUCCGGGAAGGCUGCGGAAGAUCUCUUCAAUGCGCAUGAGAUCUUGCCAGGACCCCUCUCCCCUAUGCAGACACAGUUUUCGCCCUCUUCUGUGGACAGCAAUGGGCUGCAGUUAAGCUUCACUGAAUCUCCAUGGGAAACCAUGGAGUGGCUGGACCUCACUCCACCAAGCUCCACACCUGGCUUUGGCUCCCUUGCCACCAGCAGCCCCAGCAUCUUUAAUAUCGAUUUCCUGGAUGUCACUGAUCUCAAUCUGAAUUCUUCCAUGGACCUUCACUUGCAGCAGUGGUAGAAUGCCCAAUGCACCGGUGCUAUGGAAGACCAAUAGGAAUUCCAUGGGGGAAAGCACACAAGCAUACAUACGUUAGGUCCAAAAAUAAAAGAAGAAGAAGAGGGGAAUUAAAAAGAAGCAAUAGAGACUUCUGUGGCAAUCAACAAGAACAAAUAGAAGUCAUUUUUAAAAAUACAUAUUCUGUAAUAGUUACCAACAUUCAGUAACUGUGAAUGAUUUCAACAAUGCAUUAAAAAAUGUGCUUUCUCCGAUUAAGGAUGCCAAAAAUAUAUUUCAUUGCCUUUUCAAAGACCAGUAUAUUUUCUAGCCCAUAAUUUUUCUCAGGCUUUCUUGGGGCAUAAGCUCACGCUGUAAGCUUUUCUCAUGAAUUCAUUAGACCUGAUGUGGAAGGAAAAUGAAUUCUUUUAGGAGUACAGGGAAGCCAGACCCUCAAAGGUUAUGGAAGGCAUACCUGUAACGGAAGUUGCUGCCCAGUGUCUCCAUUGCCUAUCUUUCAAAAGAGAAGCCACACUCAGCUUCAGUUCAAAAGUUCUUGAGACAGAGGGACAAAACCAAUCUAUUUCCAGAGAAGCUAAAUCAACUCAAUGUCCCUCUGCCACAAAACUGCCCCACUGGAGUGGUUCUGAACUUAUACCCAGGACUCUGUAUGGUCACUGAUAACAGUUAGCCUGAACUGAGUCCACAGAACUCCAUCCAGAACUUUCUUCUCUUUCAACUAGUGGCCCAAUUAUUCCCACCAUCCCUGUGCUGAUAAGUAUGUGUCCUAGUGAGAACCCUGAAGAAUGCAGACCUUCUUCCCCUGAAGGAGAUGCCGCAAGCUCCCCAACACAGCCCCCUUUAGUUCCAAAGACUGGAGAUGACCGAAUGGGCAGAAAUAUAUCUCUAGGGACAGGAAAAAAAGCUGUACCAGAGAAAAUUCAGACAGUCCUGUAGAAUAACAUCAUUUCACAUACCCUGGGAUAAACACCCUGGGUUCCUAUAACAGGGCUAUUACUUAUGGAAGUCCACUUCUCCUUUUGCUUUCUUCUUAUCAGUUUAUCUUUUUCCCACUCCACUUUUCCUUCAAGGUGCCAAUCCUUUCCUGUUCCUCAUUUGACAUCUUUCUUUUUCUGCCCCAACAUUGGGAGGGAAGGACCUCUCAGUUCUCACAAGCUGCCAUAAUCCGAAGAAAGCCGUUUUUGAAAAAAUUAACAAUCCAGGUUCUCCUGAAGACCUCAUUCGCCAAAUGCACAGUUUGCUGCAAAAGGAAGUUACAAGAAUUUCUUUAGGAAGAAACUGGUGACUUGGUCCAUCACUCACAAAGUUCUUUCUAGUCUCAUUUAAUUUUCAAGAAAUUAUUGGUUUGUGUUGCCCUGGGGAAAUUGGAAAUUAUUAUAUUGUAAAGAUAAAUAUGGACGACAUUUACAGGAGAGAAUUUCAGAUCUGGGUUUUUGAAAGAAAACAGAAUUGCACAUUGAACACGAUAGAAGGAAACAGACAGCAGUCCAAUGUGCAUUCCUCAUUACCUCUCGUGGCUUUGGCUGGGAGUUGGAAAAAACUAAAAUUUCAGGACAGUCUCUGUAAGGCUCACUGUGGCUCCAAUUCACCAUUUUACAUUGUUGCAUGCUGUAGAAAGGAGCUAUUGCUGUUGUUUUUUUUUUUUUAUUUAAAUCACUAAGGCACUGUUUUUAUCUUUUGUAAAAAAAAAUGUUCACUGUGCACUUAUAGAAAAAAUAAUCAAAAAUGUUGUGAUUUUAGAAGCUUUCGUUUUGAUAAACCAAAAAUUUAGAAGUCAUUCCAUUGUUAACUUGUAAAAAUGUGUGAACACUGAGUGUUUUUGGUGAUUGCUACUCUGAAAGCUGCCAGAUCUUAUUCUGGGUGCGGGGGGGGGGGGGAUAUACACAUACACACACAAACACACACGUGUGUAUAAUAGAUAUAUACAUAUGUGUAUAUUAUAUCGGUGUGUGCAUGUAUCUUCCAAAGCAGUGUUACAGAGUUCUACACCAAAAGCCUUUAGCCCUUAAUCUGCUGUGAAUGAUACCUGGCCUUUCUCACUACGAAUUCCUGAUUAAUCAGCCAGACUACACAUUGCCUGUCUGUGUAUGACUAAGGACUCCAAACCGAUGACUCACAGUUAUUUGCUUAUCGUGAACAAGCUCAUCUUGGCGAUGAAUAUGGACAUGAAAAGACAGAACGGCUUCACCAUUAGUAGCUGGAAAUGGUAUCACAGUCUCUUAUAAAGGAGUAUGAAAGGAACAUGAAAAUCAUUUUACAUUCCUUCAUCUGCAUUGUGCUUUAAAAGAUCCACAUGGUAAAUUUUUUAUUUUGCUUUUAUGUCAGUCAACAGAACAAAAAAUCCAGAAGAAAAAACUGCCAGUGUUUCCUUUGAAGAUGAAGUUAUGGGGAAGAAAACCUUAUUAACACAUUCCACACAUUUGUUCAUUCCUCAAAUGUUGAUGUUUCCUUGGGGUCUUGACAAAGCUUGCUGGUCAGUAUACUUUUCAGGUGUCACGUUUUGCUGUUUAUAUGUUAUUUUUCUUGCCCUUCCUUUGGAAAACAAACUCACACUGUGCCCCUACUCUGAGACCUGCGACUGAGUGUUAAUUAUUUUUUUCCUUGGUUAUGUCUAUCUGAGAGAUGAGACCUAGUUAGGAGGCCUCUGUACUUCUCCAGAUCAUGACAUUUUAUGGGGGUCUUUUAGGCUAUGACCCAGGACAGAUAGAUAUGCCUUACAGUAGACAAAAGAUAAAAUGGUUCUCAUAUCCUAAUGCAAACCAACACAACUGAAAGAGCAGAUCACAUUUUUUAGUAGAGACGGGGUUUCAUUGUGUUGGUCAGGCUGGUCUUGAACUCCUGACCUUGUGAUCCACCCACCUCAGCCUCUCAAAGUGCUGGGAUUACAGGCAUGGUGGGCUGCGCCUGUAACCCCAGCUAUUCAGAAGGCUGGGGCAGUAAAAUCGCUUGAACCCAGGAGGCGGAGGUUGCAGUGAGCCGAGAUCGUGCCACUGCACUCCAGCCUGGGCGACAGAGCGAGACUCCAUCUCAAAAAUGAAAAAAGAGCAGAUCGCUUGAUAACUGCUCUCAACCUCCUUCUACAGUCUCCACAAACCACAUUCACCCUCUGUCUUCAUAGCUCAGACAUGAAAUUUGAGGGAGAAAACUGGAGAUAAUUGGGGGAAAUUGGUGAAGUUGGCUGCCUCCAGUAGAUCAGAUAAUCCAUGAGUUUAUCUCCCAUUGAAUUCUGUUUUAAAUUGUUUUAAACUCUUAGUUGUGUCUUUUGUGAUGACAAAUCAGGCAUGACUAAAAGAUGUACAGAGACUUACAAAGAUGGUCACGUUCAAGUUCCCUAAUGCUCUUAGAACCUGAAGCUGACCACAUGUCAUUUUCUUAAGACCUCUGAACCCCCGUGGUGAUAAAGACUUGAAGACAUUUGCAGCUAUCCCCAGUGCUGCUGCAAUCUGGUAGAUUCAUCCUUAUCUAAAAGAGUCAGCAAACGUAUUCGUGCAAGCACUUGGAGUAAGCUCGUGCUUAAUAGUAGUGGCCCUGCUUCCAACAAUGUUGUUGAGACAACACAAAUUCCAUUGUAAGGAAGAAAGAGAGGGAGGGAGGGAGGAAGGAGGUGGAAGGAGAGAGGAAGGGAAGACAGGAGAUGGGAGGGGAGAAGGAGAGAAGAAGGGAGAAGGGAAGGAAGGAAAGAAGAGAGAAAAGAAAGGAGGGAAGAAAGAAAGGGCCAAACUUUCUGAUCUAUGUAUGAACUUCUCAAUUCAGCUAAGAUGUCACAUUAUGAGAAGUAAAUCAGAUUUUUUUUAAGGAGAAGUCAUUCUUAGCAUUACAAUAACUGUACUAGUAACUGAGGAAGCCAAGACAGCCUUCACUUGAAUAAUCAAGGGUCUGAGAACUGUCAGCCUUUUGCCGUUUAAAAACGUUCACUUCCAACCUGAAAAAAGAAUCAAUAAAACCUAUCCCAAGCAUUCAAGAUAGUCCUUUCCAAAUAUUAUUUAUUUUAAAGUCAAUCAGCUCUUCUAGAAACAGAUUCUGGUCUGGCUAAAAACUCCCACAUAAAAUGUACUCAUCCAGUGGCUAAUAUUUGAUGCCCACCAUGGGCAGAGCACACAAAUCUUCAGAUAUCCAAUACUGAAUUGAUUCAGCACGGAUUGUUCAGAUCUGAAUGACCCAGGGAGUUGUAUUUCCUACAGGCAAGAACACUGAGAAUCUCCCUGUCCUCAAACUAGAAACCUUUUAGCUAUGAUAAAAAGGGGUUUUCCUUUUUCCAAAAGGGAGGGCGGAGUUGAGGAUCACUUUUUAGCUAAAAGCUAUCUCUCACUCCAAAUUUCUCGUCUUUUUCUUUGUGGACAAACAAAAGUAGUCUAUCCCUUGAAGAUUUUUUUAAUACCUCCCAUCAUUUAAAACAUCCAUGAGAGUUUGAAGAUUUGUUUUGAUUGCCAGAUACAGAAAGCCCCUUGAAAAUAAGGAAAGGGUGGAGGAAGCAUUUUUGUGCCCUAUCCCUAUUUCUCAUAGCAGCUUUAUAGACAAAAGGAAUACUUACUGGUGAGCAUCUGGCCCUUAAAAGAAAAGCGUUGGCUGGGCGCGGUGGCUCACACCUAUCCCAGCACUUUGGGAGGCCGAGGCGGGUAGAUCACAAGGUCAAGAGAUCGAGACCAUCCUGGUCAACAAGGUGAAACACCGUCUCUACUAAAAAUACAAAAAUUAGCUGGGCAUGGUGGCGCGCGCCUGUAGUCCCAGCUACUCGGGAGGCUGAGGGAGGAGAAUUGCUUGAACCCAGGAGGCAGAGGUUGCGGUGAGCCGAGAUCAUGCCAUUGCACUCCAGUCUGGGUAACAAGAGCGAAACUUUGACUCAAAAAAAAAAUGCGUUUAAGAAUAUGGAGGCAAUUUGAUUUCCCCCUUCAAGCCUCAGCUGCCUUCCUCACAGAAGGAGGUUCCCAAUUGCUGGUACACAGUUUGCUAUCCGAUAUCAGACAAGAGAAAACUUGCAGUGAAAACAGUCUGGGUUCUUGGUUUUCUCAUAAAUCUAAUAUAAACUGGGAGGUUGGUUCAGGGUCGAAAUUGCCAAUGCCUUAUUAGACAGACGAUACUGAAAGACAUACAGACCCAGGUUCCAGAACAAGACAAUCCUAUAGUGCCAAGAUCUGGUCAGUUGUGUUAAGGAGCUGGGUUUGAUUCUAGAGUCUAGGUUUAUAGGGAAACCCUGGCUAGAUGGAGACUACCCAUGGGGAGAUGAUUUCAAGACAGGAUGAGAUCUGGGAAGAAUGUCAUUAUCAUCUGCCAGGGAAAUUGUCACUGGACUCACUGAAUGCAAUAACAUGUGAGUAAGUUCCCUUUUGAUUCUGGGAAUCAGCGAUUUUCCCUGUGGGUUAAGACCAACCAACCCCUGAAGUUCUCCUGUGCUUACUGUAACCAACUGUUCCCAUCAUGAACAUUGGAGCAUGCAUUUCCUAGAAGUGUUUUCCUAGCUCCUGCGUGUUAAUGGAAAAAGGGAGUAUAAUGAUGGGGAUCCUGGAAGCUAUUUUAAUGUUUUCCAAAGGAAAGGAACCCACGCUGCUCCCCAGAGUUCCUUUCCAAUGGCCCUGCAGUGGGAACGGAGGACAACAGAUGGCUGGGUGCUUACAAUCCUCCCUCAGUGAGGCACAAAGAGACACUCUGUAAAGAAAAAAGAGCAAGCAUAGGUUCUCUGCGGACCCUAUGGAGUGGUGUUUUCACGUCCGUCUCCUUGGCUCAAUUAUGCAUAAUCAGAAAGAAAUGUGGGUUACUGGGAACAGACAAAAAACAGUGGCUAAAAUACCAAAGUUGGCAUGUGUUCUUUUUUUUUUUUUUAAAAAGCAUAUAUUUUUAAAUAAAAUGUUUAUUUUAAAAAGAAAUGUAAAGCUUUUUUUUUUCUUGGCUGUGUGAUGUACCCAAGCCUUGUGCUAUGUGCUAUUUAUAUGUGUUAUUUCCUUUUAUUCCCACAAUGGCCCAGUGAAGUGGUAGCAUUAUGAUCCUCAUUUUUGCAAAUAAAGAAACCAGGCUCAGAGGCUACCUAAAUGGCCCAAAGUUACAUGACUGAGAAAUGGCAGAGCCAAGAGUCAGGCUGUGAUUUGCUCACCUCCAAAGCCCCAAUCUUAAGCACUGCACACACUGUCUGAACUGUUACUUACUAUGGAUCAUACUAAUAAAAUCAGAACUUUUGCAGAA